AUGCCGAGCUCACACAACGAAAAUGACCCUUUUCAACAAGUCAGCCCCGUAUCGGCCCAGUCACCGCAGACUCAUCCAAGUAGCAACGUUAGAGACCGCGAUGCUGACGCGCCCGAAGCAGUCGACGCUGCCAUGACGCCGUCCACCUUCGUCGCCAGUCCUGCCACCGACUACAGCCGUGCUGGCGGCAGCACAGACAAAGGCGAAAAGGAAGCCUUUACGUACGACAAGUCGGACAAGAUUGCGGUCCCGACAGCCUACGAGUAUCAAACCUCGCCGUAUCCGCAAGUCAUCGGUGGCCACAACAUUGGCCAGAAGCCAGAGGCCGACCCGGAACAGAGUGUAGGAGCACCUACUGGGCAAAAGCCUCGGCCAAAGAUUUUGGGGCUACAAAGACGAAUAUUUUAUAUCCUUCUCAUUGCCGCCUGCGUCGUCAUCGCCGCGGCGGUCGGAGGGGGUGUUGGUGGCGCGCUGGGAUCCAAAAAGUCAACCUCUACAAGCGGCGGCACCACUGAUCCGGCCGCGACCAACUCGACGCCAUCGUCCACGCAAGCCGACGCAACAAGCUCAUCGUCCACCUCGUCGGCCCCGAGCGCAACAGCCACGUUUCUCAACCAGACGAGUACGAGCUCGGGUCACUUUUUCCAAGGCUUCUCCGAGACCAACAUGGCGGGCGAGUACACACGAAUUGUGUCCCAGGUUGGCGGCGCCGACUUUGCGUUUGACAUUCGCAGCUACCAAUAUAUUGCGCAAAACACAAACUGCUGCCUCUCAUUUUGCACAAACGCGACGAAGGAGGGUUGGCUAGGGUACGUCUGCGAGUCUAGGAAGCAAAAUGCGGCGACGGAUGCGUUUUCGCGAGUGUUUGUCUGGUGCAGCGACAAGCGGACAGACGCAGUGGCUAGAGGACGAUGCGCAUAG